AUGAUGUAAAAUUAUUUUGAAUGAUAGCUAAAUGCCAGAAUCAUAAUUGGGAUCAGUUAGAAUGAGACCUUCAUAAAUCCAGAUUGAUGAUGAUUAAUAAGCUUCAAGUAGAAGACGAAAUUUUUUAUCUCCAACAUUUAGUUAAAAUCUACCCCUUUUUAGGGAAUUGUAUGCAGUUUUAAAAUGAAAAUAGACAAUCGAGAUAAGCGUAAAAUAGAGAACAAGAUUAUUCAAACAGUAUUAUUACACUUACAGAUGAAAAGGUAUUCAAAAUACAAAUUAGGUAAUUUCAUGUCAUGCUUAAAUGA